CUGUAUGCUCCGUUUAUUGGGAUAUUUCUUUCUAGUCGCGUAGGAGUGUUUCCAAGAAACAAGGCGGCAGCUGAGCGACUGUGAGCGGAGUGAGCUUCACUGCCGAUAUGGACUGACCCUGAAAACAGCAUUUUGUGGGUUAUUUUUUUUUUUGAAUGCGCAGAGUUUUGCAAAGACUGGUUUUCCUUCCCGAUUAUUUUGGGGACUGAUUCUUUGUGAAAGCUGCACAGUCAAAAAGGGACCGUGGAGCCUCAGUCCUGCCCUCGUCCUCUCCCCUGUGCAAUGCCUAAGAGUGACACGUGGCCAGGCGGUGUUGCCUUGGAAUCCUUGCGCAAUAUGGACAGUGCCGGGAGCUGUGACAGUGUAAUCAGCGUGAACUCUGCCGGUAGUGGAGACAGUAUGGAGCACUUAUCUCCAGAGGAGAGGGCAUGUCUCAUGUAUCUCGAGGAAACCAUUGAAGCGCUGGAGGUGCAGGAGGACAGCGGCAUAUCCAACGAUGAACCAGACCCUGGAUUACAAGUGGGACUGAUGAGAGCAAAUGACAUUUCCAGUGUCAGGUCUGAUGAGUCCCUUGAAGAUCCGAAAUCAGACCAAGCUUUGCAACAUGCUUUCAAUGGAAUCUCAGAACCACAGUCCUCUCCUGGCUCUGCAUCCAACACGGCAGAUCUUGAAACAUCAGAGAAGCUUGCGACUCAUCUGGGACCUCCAAUCACUGAAUCAGGGUCCGCCGGUGAAAUUCACUCUGCAGCUAUUCAUGCACCAGAGUUGUGUGUGUCCAAGGAUGAAGAUGGCAAUCUAAUGAUUGUCCCAAGUACCAGCCUUUCCCUGGAUGAGUCCACUAAGGCCCCUGAGGUUGAUGUGGGUCUGAUCCCUCCGCCUUCAGACUUCAUGGACGUACCAGGACCUCCUGCAAAGCCCCUGACAGCAAAAGACCUAUUAUCAUCUUCAGUUUUAUCCAAUAAAAAGUCAGCAAAGACUGUUGACUUGGAGCAGCUUCGAGAGAGAGCCUCUGCAAAGAGAACUUCACUGACCUCCCUUGAGUCUCAAAACAACCCCCAAGAACUGAGUCCAUUACCUCUCAGCUCUGCUUCCCUAGUGUGUCCCCCUCCUCCAGAAACCGCUGAACCCAGAAGUCCACCUGCUGUGGCCCCUAAACCCAAGAAGCUUCCUGCCAACAUCCUCCUGAAGUCACACAAGCCAGCAGUGGCUGAUAGCAGCUCAGGGCAUUCAGUGCCAAACAGUGACCGUCUGUUGUUGGACCAUCAGAGGGUCCGCAUGGAGGCACUCCGAAAGCUCGGCCUGCUUAAAAGUGAUGAUUCAGAUAUAAGCCCAAACCUGAGUCCUAAACUAUCGCCCCAAAGUAGGAGGUCAUGGGCAGCUCCUCCUUCUCCAAUCAGCUCAAAUACACCCCCCUUAACACCAUCUUCUUUUCUCCAUGACCACAGUCCAUCUCCUGCCUCUGUCUCCCUCCAGUCUCCAAAUGCUUCACCACCAGGGACUCUUACAGCUCCUGUAGUCCAGCUUCCUGUAAUCCUCCUGGCACCUGAUGCUUUUAGUGACCCUGAUGGAUCUUUAACUUCUGAUAAUGAACUGUCUGCUGGCAAUGAUGUAUCAGAGGUCACACCCCCUUUUACCCCUCCUGUCCAGGUCAAGAGGCUGACCCCACCCAAGGCUCUAGGUGUAAAAUCAGCUACCCUGGAGCGCUCUGGCCUGGGUCUAAGCAGCUAUAUGGAAAGUCAAGACUCCAUUAUAGCUGCAGUUGGCAGCAAGCUAAGCCCCAGUCAGCUGCGAAACAGCCGCCCGCGCCCUGCCUCUUUGGGGAGCGGGAAAGAGUUUUCAAAAGCUCAGGGAGAAGGUCUGAAAGUGGGCCGUGCCACCAGCAAAGAGCCAGACUUACGGCGGUCCUUGCCUGCCCCUCAUCCCUCCAAUAACUCUCAGAAGCUGCCUCGAUCAGAGGGCAUCAGUGUGCUGAUCUGCCCUCGAGCACAAAACGAAAACGACCGGCGCGAUGCCCUGAGAAGGCUUGGGCUGCUAAGGGACUGACAACAAAAUGAACACCUAAUGACUCCCAUGGCCUUCCUGUACAAAUUUUAUUUAAAGAAAAUCCAAAAAUCAACAAAGACUUUGAUAAAUCUUUAUGGGGAGCAGUUAAACCACACAUUUAUGCAUUAUCAUUUCUACUGCAUUAAGCUAAUAUAACCAGAGACAGCCUCAAAUGACUGGCACGCCUACAUGCACAUCUAUUUGUUACAUAUAGUGUACUGCCAUAUUUUGCUUUGUUUUUAGUGUUUUAUUCCUUAUUAAUCUGAAAAUCCCAAACUUUAUGGAUGUUUGCUUACUCUCAUUGUAGCUAUGUAAAUUAAACACUGUUGCUUUUGAGAGUUUAGACUCACUUCCUGCUUUCACAUGUAAUUAUUGACACAGUGACACCCAUUUUGGUUGCAGGUUCCCUUCUUGGUUUGUCCUUUUUUAGAGACUUUUAAAUGUCAGGGUGUUUGUACAAACACUCUCCCAAAAUCCAUAGGAAUUUGAGUCUGUUUGAGAGCUCUUUAUUCUUUUGCAAGCAAUUGCUUAUUAUAAAAUGUUUGUUUCCUUAAAAUAGACUGCUUUGACCUAUUGCAUAAUAAUUGCAUGGUGUUUGUCUUUCAAUGAAUAAAAAUGUAGACAGUAUGUCCUGCAUUGUUAUAACAUACCUUUAUUGGAAACUCAACGCAAACAGUCAGUGGCCACUAGGGGAGAAGAAUUUGAGUAAUGUGGUUUGCAUGCUUGCAUUGUCACGCACAUGUCAAAACUCACAGACUUGUCACACAGCACUUACAUUGAGUGUCACAUGGGGUCCAUCAGUUCUACAUCAAGGGAGUCAACAACAUCAUUUCAUAUAUUACACAGUUUCUAUUUCAUCUUGUUGUCCUUUUGUUGCACAAAUGUUCCUUUGUGUGCAUGUGGUUUUUUUUUUUCAUUUCCCUUUUUACAUGUGAGGUCUUUUAUUUGUAAUGUCACAUCCCAAUGCAAGGCUCCCACUUGUUUUUUUUUUUUUGGCUCCGCUUCAGCCCCCUUUGUCUGAUGUGAUGGUAAGAGGACCGGUGCAACCUGUUUUCUCACCUCCUGGUUUUAGCCUUUAUAGAACACCUCGCUAUGCGUGUACAAGCAGUCGGGGGGGCCUGAAAAUCAUUUUAUCUCUGCUGCAGGCUUUUUGAGAAAAAUAAAGUUUGCUAUCUCCUGUAAUUUGCAGGUAUGGUCACCUGCUGCUGAGAAAAUUAAGCACAAUUUGAAAGAUAUUUGUUGAAUAGUAAUUAACAGACUGAACUGUUGGUUUGGGGAGAACACAGUAAAAUGUCUGCAGAUUUGCACACUUUUUGAGCCAAAGUGCAUAACUUUCUAGCCAAUAUUGGUAGCCUACCACAACGGAAAUGUAAAAUGAUUUUGCCAUUCAUGCUCCAUUGUGUCUGAAUAAUGACUCAAUGAUAAUGCAACAUCUACACAUGGGUGUGUAUUCCCUGAGUGACUGUAUAAAGUGCCAAGUGCAUAGCUUUCUUUCAUUAAUAUUUUAAUGUCUUCAUCACACCCUUGACUUCUCUUUGGCAUGCACUUUAAUCACUUACAUAAGUUGCAUGUUGUUUUCAUCUAUAAACAUCAUGUUUUUAUGUCUAUUUUUUACACAUGUUUCUUCAUGAAGUAAAACUCUGAUCAGCGUCUCUGGGGAAAACGAGCAAAUUAAAAGAGGAUAUGAAUUUGUUUUCAUUAUAUUUCUCAUUAAAGAUGGAGCUUUGUGAAUAA